AUGAACCAGCUGAACUUUUCAGUCAAACUCAUCAUUCAGUCAAGUCUAAUUAAACUUAAACAUUCAAAGUCAAAUCAAACUUGUCAACUUAAAAUUUUAAAGAUGAAAUUCCUUCCAAUCGUUUUUAUCGUUGCUGCAAUCUUUGUUGCUGGAAGCAAUGGCGGUUCUCCAUCAGAACCAAAAGUCUGUGAUGUCGUUCUCAAGAUUGUCUUUGAAUUUACUGAAUUUACAUCCACACUUCUUCGAUUGUAUGUCCUUAAUGUUCCACGUAGUGAUGAUGAUAAGGAGAAGAAUAUGGAUGUUCUUUGUGACAAAGUUGAAAGUCAUAGUGAAGUUCCUGGUGCAGAUAAGGAAAAGAUGCGUGGACUUUGCAAGCAAGGCGAUUUUGAGAAACGAGCUUGGAUUGAUCAACUUACUCGUGCCAAUAUUUGGGAUUGCUUUGUUGAAAUCUUCCAUCUUGGAUUACAUGAAUAUUCAGCAUAAUUUUCAUAU